AUGUAUACACUAACAUUUUUUGUAUUAUCGUAUGUAUUGACAGUAACAAAUACAGCAAGGAUCCUCGCGGUAUUUCCAACUCCAUCUGUAAGCCAUCAAAUUGUGUUUAGACCAUUAAUGCAAGAAUUAGCAAGACGAGGGCAUGAUCUAACAAUCAUAACAGCUGAUCCGAUAUACUCUACCGCCAACUCUCCAAAAAACUUUAAAGAAAUAGACGUUCAUGAUAUAUCAUACAGAGUCAUAAAGGAAAUUUUUACAUACAAUGUUAAAUUGGGAAAGAAAUCUGAUAUAUUUGCACAGAUUGAGAGUUUUAUAGCUAUGAAUACUAAGUUGGCAUCUGUUCAAUUAAGGCAUCAACGAAUUCAAGAUUUAAUCAACGGACAAGAAAAAUUUGAUUUGAUAUUCGUUGAAGCCUGGCAAACACACGCUUAUUAUUAUUCUCACAUAUUUAAAGCUCCAGUAAUAUUAUUAAGUUCAUACGGUAUGUUUGGAAAUGAAGAUAUUGCUGUUGGUGCUGCAACGCACCCGUUUUUGUUUCCAAUACUAGUUCAACAAAGAACAUAUAAUCUUACAUUUUGGGAGAAAGCUGAAGAGUUAUACAAAAACUUUUUUUUUCGAAGACUGUGGUCAUCAAUGGAAAUAGAUGAUUGUAAUCUUUGGCGACAGAUCUUGGGAAAAAAUGUGCCUGAUUUCAAGGAAAUCAAUAAUAAUAUCGAUAUGAUGUUUUUGAACGUUCAUCCAAUGUGGAUUAGUAACCAACCUCUGCCACCUAAUAUCAUUACAAUUUGGGGUAUUUAUAAAAACCAAAGAAAAGCUUUACCUACGGAGCUUCAAAAUUAUCUCGACUCAUCCAAAAACGGAGUGAUUUACUUAAGUUUUGGUUCCAACGUUCUCUCAUCAGUUCUAUCUCCUGAUAGGAUACAAUUAUUUGUUCGGGUGUUUGCUAGAUUAAAGUACGACGUAUUAUGGAAAUGGGAAAAACCAGAACUACCUGGUAAAUCGGAAAACAUCAAGAUAUCAAAAUGGCUGCCACAAUCAGAUUUAUUAAGACAUCCAAAUAUAAAACUAUUCAUCACGCAAGGUGGUUUACAGUCCACUGACGAGGCUAUAACUGCUGGAGUACCAACAAUAGGAGUGCCGAUGCUUGGAGACCAGUGGUUUAAUUCAGAAAAAUAUGUUUAUUUCAAAAUUGGUAUGAAACUUGACAUGGAGUCCCUCACUGAAGAAGAAUUAGAAACAGCUAUUCAUACUGUUAUAAAUGAUUCCAGUUACAGGGAAAACACAGUAAAACUCCGGUCACUCAUGGAGGAUCAGCCGCAGAGUGCAUUAGAUCGUGCGGUGUGGUGGACAGAGUAUGUGCUGCGGCAUGGAGGAGCGAAGCACCUUCGAUCUGCGAAUGCUAAUAUGUCCUGGAUUGAGUACUAUGAAGUAGAAUUUGUACUAAAAUUAGCUUUUCUUGUACUGCUUUCAUUAGUGUUAGUCGUAGCUGUUUUGUACUUCACGUACAUCAGUUUUGUAACGAAACAGAAACUAAAAACAUAUUAA